UCCUCCUCCCCCACGGGAUGCAUACUUCAUGCUGUUCGCAAGUAUGUGUUGAUAAGUUCACCUACACUUGGCAGUUAGCUGCGAGCUUUGCGAAAGAAAGUUUCUUAGCUGCAACUCAUGUUUUUAACCAAACUUCAAGGCUGUGUUUGCUGUCAAUCUGUGUCAGACAAAGAAACAGAUGAGUCUUGCAUUGAUAAAAAAUCAGAAGAUAUUAUAUGCUCUUUGCCACGUAAAUCUGAAGACUGGACUGUUAUAGCAAAUAAUCUUGCUUUAGAAAGAGAUUAUGAAAGUAGAGUAGCUGCAGUUACUUGUCAACAGAGCACACGUGUAAAGCAACCUUCAAGUAGAGUAUCUAAAGACCAAACUCAAGAAAAGCAGGUUUCUGUAAAAACACUUUCCAAGAAUCAAGAUAAAUUGCAAAAAUUAUUAGAACCAGAUGAACAGGAAACUAGAGUAACUGCACUCCAUUGUCAACAGAGCACAUAUGUAAAGCAACCAUUAAGUAGCGUACCUGAAGACGAAACUCAAGAAGAGGAGACUUUUGUAGAAACACUUUCUAAGGAUCACUAUAAACUGCAAAAAUUAUUAGAACGUGAUGAACACAAAACUAGUGUAAUUUCACUAUAUUGUCAACAGAGCACAUAUGUAAAGCAACCAUUGAGUAGCGUUCCUGAAGACGAAACUCAAGAAGAAGAGACUUUGGUAGAAAAACUUCCUAAGGAUCAAGAUGAAUUUCAAAAAUUAUCAGAACUAGAUGAACAAGAAACUAGAGUAACUGCAAUCUCUUAUCAACAGAGCACAUGUAUAAAGCAACCUUUAAGUAGUGUACCUGAAAACGAAACUCAAGAAGAUCAGACUUUUGUAGAAACACUUUCUAAGGAUCAAGAUACUCUGCAAAAAUUAUCAGAACAAGAGGAACACGAAACUAGAAUAACUGCACUCUCUUAUCAACAAAGUGGACCUGAAAACGAAACUCAAGAAGAUCAGACUUUUGUAGAAACACUUUCUAAGGAUCAAGAUACUCUGCAAAAAUUAUCAGAACUAGAGGAACACGAAACUAGAAUAACUGCACUCUCUUAUCAACAAAGUGUACCAGAAAACAAAACUCAAGAAGAUCAGACUUUUGUAGAAACACUUUCUAAGGAUCAAGAUACUCUGCAAAAAUUAUUAGAACCAGAUAAUCAGUUGAAAACUAUUGAUAGCUCUGCUGAAAAUCAUCUGGAAGAAUUUAUAGAAGAUGCAAGACUAGUAGGGUCAGCACAAUCUGAGCAGAAGAUCAAAUCUGAAGAAUUCUCUGAAGAAGUUUGUGUAAACAACUUUGACACUGUGGAAGAAAAUGAAAUAAAGAAAGGUCAGCCAAGUGUUGAAGAAGAAGAUUCUAUAAAGAUUGUUGAGAAAGAGCACCAAGGUGAAACAUCAGAGUUUUCCACUGAAAGUGUAAUAUUGAAAGAGAAACAUUUGAGUGUUGAGUAUUCUUCUGAACCCAGUGGGAAAACUGUCUUGCCAUUAUUAAACGAAGAGUUGUCUGUGACUGAUGCUACUUCAAACUCAUUUUCUGAAUGUAACUGGCCCCAACUAUUACCAUUGAAUCAAGAGAUAAGUUCAGAAACAACCAAUUCUUUGUCAAAAAUGUCUUCUAAAUUGUCAGACAAUCAAAUAAAAUGCAAUGAAAAUAAGCAAGAUAUGGAUAAUACUCCGGCAUUUUUAAACCUUGAUAACUUAUGUGAUAAUUCUGAUAAAGCCAAAGUUGAUUCAACACAUGAAUCCAAAACAGAGACAAAUGACGCAACUUUACAUUUACCUUGUGAUGACAUUGAAAAGCCUAUCAGUUCUUUAAACGAAUGCAUCAGUUUACUCACUAACUUAGAUAGUACAUUGGCCAACAAACGAGAAGAAAGUCCUGCCAGUGAUGAACUGAUUGACACUUUAGUUUAUGAACCUGAUGUUGAUGAUGAGGAAGAGGAAGAAAAUGUAGAAACCAUAACCAGUUCCUUAGAAGAAGCAAAAAGUACAACAGCUUCAUCAACUGUUGAAAUCAAGAAGGAAUCUGAAGAAAUUUUGAAUGAAGUUAAAUUAAAUAACACUGAACUGAAACCAGCUCCAGACGUUCUACCUGACAGUAUUUCGUCUGUGCCAGAAACAAUAAAAAGUACUGAUUCUUCCUCUAAAGAUGAUGAAAAGACAGGAAAUAGUAGUAGUACAGUUAAGAAGAAAAAUAAGAAGAAUAAAAGCACUGAAAAUCAUUCAACAGGAAAUCAAAGUGUCAAUCAUCAAAGCACUGUUGCAGUGAAAUCUGAAAAGCCAACUGAAAAUAUAUCAAAACCACAUAGCACAAAGAACAAAAAGAAAGAGGAUAAAACUUCUGAUCAUGUCUUGAAAUCCUUAAGCAAUAUACCAACAGCUGAAGGAAAAUUAUCAGCACUUUCUAAGAAAUACACUACCAUGAGUGAAGAAAAUCGAACCCUAAUUACUAAUCAGAGAGUGAUAGAAAGAAAACUCUUGGUGUUAUCCAGACAAAAGGAUCAGCUUCAACUUGAGAACAACAAAUCUUUGAUGGCUAAAAGUCGAUUAGAAAGUUUAUGUCGUGAACUUCAAAAACACAAUCGAAUCAUUAAGGAAGAAAGUUUAGCUCGUGCUAAAGAAGAAGAUGAGAAACGGAAAGAAAUAUCUUCGAAAUUUCAGACAACCAUUAAUGAUAUUCAAGCUCAGAUGGUAGACAACCACAAUCGUAAUAUGAAACUGAGAGAAGAGAAUACAGAAUUGGCAACAAAGCUAAAGAACUUUCUUGAGCAAUAUGAACAAAGAGAAAAGUAUUUCGAGAAAGUGGCUAAACAUCGAGAAUUGGAACAGCAGCUAGUAGAUACGAAACUGAAGCAAGCAGCAAUGCAGUUGGUUGAAGAAAGAGAAAGAAGUAAAAAAGAAAAGGAAUUGAUGGCACUGAAAACAGCAGAAAGUGAAUCAAAAAUGAUAAUGCUUGAAACACAGGUAAAGACAUACAAAGACCGUUACAGUGAAUUCCAGUCAACUAUUACGAAAAGUAAUGAUAUGUUUAGUAAAUUAAAAGGUGAAAUGGAUAAGAUGAGUGGAAAAAUUAGAAAACUUGAGAAAGAUAGCGCUGCAUGGAAAAAUAAAUGGGAAAAUUGUAAUAAAGCCUUGAUAGGAAUGAUUGAUCAAAAAACUUCAAGUGAUAAAGAACGUAUAUUAUUGCUUACAAAAAUUCAAAAAUUAGAAUCCUUAUGCAGAGCGCAGCAAGAACGUCUGAGAGCACAGAAAAGUCCUCCUCCCGCAACUGAAGCAAUUUGUCAGAAGUGUAAAAAUGAAUCCAUCCCAACUUCACAAAAUGUAGAUAGUGAAUCGACCAACCAGGCAGCAAAUAAUGAUGAAACUGCUAUGACUGAAAAUGCGGUUUCAUCAGGAACAAGUCCUGCUGCAGAUCUUAAAGAAGCAACUGCUCAGAAAAACAAAGCUGAAAUUUCUUCACACCCUUCUGAGGAAGUAUCCUUAUCCACUCAAACGUCUGUUGCCACUUGUUCUGAACCUAGCAAUGCAUGUGAAGAAGCCGCUCAACACAUUGAAACUUCUGAUAAAGAAAACUUUAGUGAAACAGAACAUUCAAAUAAUGUGGAAAGCACUUCAUCUGGUUGUAAUAAUGUAGCAGAAGAAGUCAGACAGGUUGAAACGACUGCAUUGGUAUCUUAAUAAUUAAAGAUCACUGGCAAACUUCUAUGUUUGUAGCAAGUUUAGUGAACAGCACAAUCUUUUUUUAACUGAUUUUAAAUCUCAUUUCAGAAAAAAAAUCUUAGUUUUUUUUUUAAGAAUCUCAGUCUUUUGUUUGCAUUAAAUUGGCCUUUUAAAUCCCCUU